UUUGCCAUCACAUCAGCUCUCCUUUUGUUAAAUAAAACGAUCAGAGCAGUAAAAUGCACUUUAUAUGCCACAUUAAUAUCUGAAAAACUUGUAUCUUCACCAGAGGAUCUGGAACAUUGGGAGCUUACAGAGAAUGGAGGCGAUCAAUGGCAGACAGAGGACAUGCCGGGGGACUGUGGACACGCUUUCAAUGACGAAUCAUUCACUAAAUACUUCUGCACCUCUUUCGAGCCGUGCAUAAAAAGACAAGUGAUUGACCUGCUGGCAGAGGGUUACGACCCUGAAAAUUUAGAUAUUGCACAGCCAGCGGUCAAUGUGGAGGACUGGUUCUGUAGCCGAACAGACUGUGGGUGUAUUUAUAAGCUCACUGUGUCUCUGUUUGAUGAAAACCUAGAGGUCAUAAAAGAAUUUAAGCCAGAUGAAGUGACCCUUGACCCCGACUGUGACGACUGCUCUUGGAAAAAGGUAUGAGUGCAGAAUCCAGUCCAGUUUUGCAUAACACACCCACUUAACCUUUAACCCCAAACAGCCUAUUGUAUCAUA